AUGCAACUGGUUGCCGAUUUGGAGAUCGAAAUGAUGUCGGAUAUGUACAGAAGAAUGACCGAUGCUUGUCAGGAGAAGUGCAUAAGUCGCAAUUUUAAGGAAGGCGAUCUGACAAAGGGUGAAUCGGUUUGUCUGGACCGGUGUGUGGCCAAAUAUUUGGAUGUUCACGAGAAAUUGGGCAAACGGCUCACAUCAAUGUCACAACAGGAUGAACAGGUGUUGCAAAAGGCGUCGGCUGUGCAGAGUGGAUCG